GUCAUCAAAUUUGCUUAAUAAGUGAAAGUGAUUUAGAAAGCUUUGAUUGGAAUGUUAAAGAGGAAGAAGAAGAUUCAGAUGAAGAGACUGAAGGAACUGGCGUUGAAUUUGAAGUCUUAAAAAGUCAGGAAGAGAAGGAAGAUUUUAUACAUUAUCCUGGGUUUAAGUCAACUUUUCACCAAGCAUUUGCUACAGUGAAAAAAGUGCGGGAAAAAUCAAAAAUUAAUAGAAAUUAUAAAACGAUUUAUUCUGACUCUGAACUUCAUGGAAUUAUUGAAGGGCACACACUUCUCAUAGAACGUAAAAUGCCUAUGGAUAACUUAGAAAGGUUAAUUAAACUUGGAUUUGCUGAAUUAGAAGAAGAGCUCUUGAAUCCAUUGAAUGAUGCAUUGACAGCUGAAAGAUCGGCUCUAGAGGAAAGAAAAACGAAUGAAAGAAAUAUUAUUA